AUGAAAUCAAAUAUAGCGGUUUUGGCAAUUGCCACAUUUCUUUGCCGAGCUCGAGCACUCCCACCUCCACCUCUACCGGAAGCUAUUGAAGUGGUAGAGCUGCCUUUGCCUCCUGUGGCGCCUACCGAUUACGAAGGUGCCUGUGCAGAGAGCAUCAAUCCACAUCGAACGGGCUGCAUUAGUCAAAUCUCAAAUGUCUUCCAAGCGGGCGAUUUCACACCCGAUGGCAACCAUGUCCUAGCCAAUGUUGAAUUCGUUGGUGCACCGGCCAGCCCAGAUCCGGCUAGCGUCUACAUCGGUCAACAGCUCAUCGUCGUGAAGACUGACGGGUCGCUGUUUCCCAAUGGUGAUCCUUGGAAAUGUCUCAGUUGCGGCGUUCCAGCCAUACAAGCGCAAUCUCUCAAUCCUGAGAGAGAUUAUCCCCAUGCCGCUCGUAAUGGGCGUCAAGCGCUUUGGGGCAAUAAUAUACUCGACUGUGGUGGUGCUUUGCUCGUGAGUGACGAGUGUAAUCCGAACAAAACAUACAUCUACCCGAUCUACUGGCCUACCUCUACUAAUACCACUGCUCCAAGCGGAAGCGUGCGAGAGAUGCGCAUGCAUCCAGACGAUGUUCACGUGGGCUGGAGCUCUUUCACAGCGGGGGGCGAGAACACAUACUUUGGUCGCCUUCAGUUCAACGAUAAUCCAACAACAGGUGACCCUCGCGUUCCGCGAUAUGACUUGGUCAAUGUGAAUCUCCUUGCUGACCCUCGAAGUCCCGCUCCAAUCAUGGCGGAAGGGAAUCGACUCAAGCUACAUGACGAUUCUAUUCUGGCCGGAGAACUUCGCGGCUUCAGCGGAACCGGUGAUGAGAUCCUCUACGUCGGCCCGACUAGAGAGGCUAAUAAUAUUGAUAUCUUUGCAGUGCAUGUUGCCACAGGUGUUGUCCGUCGUCUCACUAGACACCCUGAGUAUGCUGACCCCAUCGCCUUCUCCCAUGAUAACCAGUGGUUUGUGACCAUGGACACGCGCGGAUCCAACCGCCAGAUGUGGAUGGCUGGCAUGCGCUACGUUCCACCCUUGAUUGACUUAGUGGCUACCACGGCAGCCGCGUCAACUCGCAAUAAUGGUGCCCGGCGCUUCUUCCAGCCCAUCCUCAUUGACCGAUUCGGUGACAGAGGCACCUAUUUUGGCCAAAGGAUCAAUGCCGCUGGUGAUGGUACCAACGGCAGUGUCAACGAUCCCAAUUGGAACGGUCGCGCAGAUCCGGCCUUUUCCCCAGACGGCACGCGUAUUGUCUUCUGGCAGGCGUUAGUGAUUCCUCCUGCUUGUGGCGGAGAGAAUCCGCUUGCGUGUCCUGCAUCUACCGCCCAGGGUGGACGUACAUACCGUUUGAUGCUCGCCCGUCUAACCAGCCGGCAGCCGACCGCUCCUGCGACCGUCUAUAGGGCACCAGACAAGAUUCCCUGGGCGACGCCUUUCCCACCAGGUGCCACUAUACCCGCCCGUUAUCAAGUGCCAGCCGGAAAUUACACUCUCUUCGGAAAGACCACAGGCUUGGCUCAUGUCCGCCUCACUGCGUACCCAGGCCUUGGAGGACUCAAGGCUGUAGAUGUCAAUUAUACAAACUACAGCGAUGAUGGUCAGCACUUCAUUCACGGCUAUGAGUCGGUGACACUGACACUGUCUACAUCAAAUCCUUGGCUCAACAAGCUAGACUGGUACUCGGGCCUCACGCAGACAGGGGCAGUGAAUGCAAGCAAGUUAACAGGUCCCGGUGGAUUUCACUUGUCUAUUGAUGCUUUGACCAACAUUCUUGAAGCAAAUGGCACAUUGACAACCACUAUAGACGGUGUUAUAUACACGCAGCCAGCCAAUGGCACUUAG